AGAGAAUUUCAGGAUUUGCUCCACUCUCUUCAAACCAUCGUUACUACUAGAAGAGAGAGAGAGAGAAACCUUGUUUGCGUACUAAUCAUCAAUGGCGGACAUCCAAAUCAGUAGCCCAAAGGUGAACAACGAGGUUGAAGAACACAGUAGGAGAGAACUUUUAUCGCCUGAAGCCUUCGUUGAUCGAUCUAUAUCCUCCAUUGAUGAUCGAUCCUCGUCUUGGAGACUUAAUGUUAAGGAAUUUCGGUUACCAGAACGUCGAUCUUCCGAUCAUCCUUCUCUAUUCGGUUUUAACCGCUCCUUCAUCUGUCAAGGAAAACAAGGCAAGAUUGCAGAAUACUACGAACAGCAAGAACGGCUUCUCGAAGGCUUCAAUGAAAUGGAAACUGUGCAUGAGAUUGGCUACAUACCUGACAUGACUGAUGAUGAGAUGAAGCAGCUUGCUAAGAAUGAAAGAAUGGCUAUAAUUGCAUCAAAUAUUGCAAACAUGGUGCUAUUCAUAGCAAAAGUUUAUGCUUCAAUUCAAAGUAGAUCAUUGGCAGUUAUUGCAUCAACCUUGGAUUCUCUACUAGACCUCUUAUCUGGAUUUAUUCUAUGGUUCACUGCCUAUGCAAUGAAGAAUCCGAAUCAAUAUCGAUAUCCUAUUGGAAAGAAGAGGAUGCAACCUGUGGGUAUUAUUGUUUUUGCAUCUGUUAUGGCAACUCUUGGAUUACAAAUCUUGCUUGAAUCUGGUAGGCAACUUGUCAACAAGAAUGUUUCCCACAUGGAUCAUAACGAAGAAAAAUGGGUGAUUGGAAUCAUGGUCUCAGUAACCGCAGUCAAGUUUGUGCUAACGGUUUACUGUCGAAGAUUCAAAAACGAGAUUGUUCGAGCAUAUGCACAAGAUCAUUUCUUUGACGUGAUCACAAACUCCGUCGGACUAGCUGCAGCCAUCCUCGCUAUCCGCUUCUACUGGUGGAUCGAUCCCACAGGAGCUAUAAUAAUUGCGCUAUACACAAUUAACACAUGGGCAAAGACAGUUCUCGAAAACGUGCACUCGUUAAUAGGAAGAAGUGCUCCACCCGAUUUUCUAGCGAAACUGACAUUUCUAGUUUGGAAUCACCAUGAGGAGAUAAAGAACAUUGAUACUGUCAGAGCGUACACAUUUGGUUGUCAUUACUUUGUGGAGGUUGAUAUUGUCUUGCCAGAAGAUAUGGUGUUGAUUCAGGCACAUAAUAUUGGCGAAACUUUGCAAGAAAAACUCGAACAACUUCCCGAAGUUGAACGAGCCUUCGUUCAUAUUGAUUUCGAGUUCAGCCACAGACCAGAACACAAAUGCAAGGUCUGAUCACAGGUUUGUGUUUAUUUUCAGUUUCUAAUGAUUAAUUUAGGAAGUCUAGUUUUGUGUUUUCUUUAAUGCAUGCAGCAUGUGUAGAUAAUAGUAAGUGUUUGUAUUAUGUAAAUGUAACUAUUGGAAACAGAUUGCAAAAGCAAAUAAUGGUAUUUGUAUUUCGACCAUU